CAGCCCAUUGAAGAAGCCCACCCAUAAUUUUUUUAAUUCCUUGUCCUCGUCUUAGCCUCUCUCCUUCUCUCUCUCGCUCUCUCACACGCAUUCAGCUGCAGGAAAAAGUAGACUCCGUCGUCUCCUCACGAGAUCGUUGUGGAAGAAUGGCUGGCCAUAAAAUCGCUCAUGCCACAUUGAAAGGACCAAGUGUCGUCAAGGAGAUCUUGAUUGGUAUCACCCUCGGACUGGCUGCUGGCGGUGUCUGGAAAAUGCAUCACUGGAAUGAGCAGAGGAAAGUGAGGGCAUUUUAUGAUCUUUUGGAGAAGGGUGAGAUCAGUGUUGUUGCAGAAGAGUAAGCAUUAGUCAUCUCCCGUCCUCUGAUGGACAAGUUCAGGAAUAACCUGUCCAUCUGUUUUUUUCCCUUAAAUUGUCUCUUGACCAUGAGAUUUACUUGGUUGGCUGAAGAAUAAAUAUCAUGUUUUGACAUACAGACCCUUCUGUUAUUGGAAAGUCAUUCUAGUUUUCUGGUUUCAAACUACUGUGGGUAUGUGGUUCUGUAAGUUUGAGAUGUCAUUAACUUGAUUAUAUUUCCCAUGGUUUUGAGCUCGAGUAAUUCAGCUGAUCAACUUGGACUGGA